AUGGUCUUCCAACUCAAGUGGGGAAUUUUGGCAACUGGAUGGAUUGCGGAGAAAUUCACUGUUGAUCUCUUGAUUGAUCCGACCACCCGCGACGUCAAGGACGUUUCUCAUGUUGUGGCAGCGAUAGCGUCGUCUUCUGGCAGAACUCGGGCGGAGACAUUCAGGAUCAAGGUCAAGGCACCGUCAGAUUGCGCAUGCUAUGGAACCUAUGACGCGCUGGUCAAUGACAAGAACGUCGACAUCAUCUACAUUGCUAGUCCACAUUCGCACCAUUUUCAACAUACCCUGGAGUGUUUAUACGCUGGCAAACACGUUGUUUGUGAAAAGCCAAUCACAGUCAAUGCUGCUCAGGCGCGAAUCCUCUAUCAGGUCGCAAAGGAGCGGAACCUCUUCCUUCUGGACGCUGUCUGGACACGAUACUUCCCGUUGAGCAUACAAAUCCGCGACAUAAUCUCAAAUGGUGAGAUCGGGGAAGUCCUCCGAGUAAUUGCGGAUACUAGUAUGGGCGAAGAUGUAGAUGAUCUCUGGCUGGAGCAGAAACGGAGAAAGGUCAACCUCGACCUCGCUGGCGGCGCAUUGCUUGAGAUCGGGAUCUAUUCCAUCACCUGGAUUUUUCAGACAAUGUACCAUACGCUGCCUGUCGACAAGCGACAACCUCCGAGCAAGAUUAUGUCUCACAUGGUGAAAUACCCAAAAACUGGAGUCGACGAAGACACCACAUUCAUCAUAUCCUUUCCAACGACUACACCUAUCAAUGAGCUGUCGAGGACGUCACACGGUGUUGGAAUGACUGCCUUUCCACUUGCUUCGGAUCCAGACCAAAGAGGAUCAGCUGGACCUACCGUUCGGAUCCAAGGCACGAGAGGUGAGAUACAGGUGUUUGGUAUGGCCUUCCAACCAGACCGUUACAAAGUCAUUCCCCUGAAAAUUGGAGACCAGUCUGUCGAGAUUCGUGAGAUCAGUUGCCCAUUUCCUGCUGGCGGACAUGGUAUGUUCUAUGAAGCCGACGAGGCGGCCAGAUGCGUAAGGGACGGAUUGUUGGAAAGUGAGGUCAUGCCAUGGAAAGAGAGUGUCUUGAUCAUGGAGGUCAUGGAUAAUAUACGAGGGCAGUGCGAUCUUAGGUAUCCAGAGAGUGUUGAGACUACUGCGUUCGAGAGGUAG